UCAGACUCGCAGUCAGAAACAUCUGAUACCAUGAACUCUUGAACCUCAUCUCUUUCCAGGGCAUCAGUGGAGUCAGUAUUCUCAGAUUCAGGAGAACCUCCAAAAAACGUGACACCUUUGAGCUAUUACAAGUUUCCAAAAAUUGUGUAUUUCCCACCAUCUGGCUUUACAAGCAAUGAUAGACGACAGCAUUCAUAAAAACUGGAGAAGGAAAAAAGCUGAAAUCAGAUACUCACUGCAGUCUACUCAAAAGAAUUUGUAACCGGGUGGAACGCAAUCGUGAAAAGACAAACACAGGACGAAACGCCACUCACAGAAUUGAACUGGUUAUAACUAUUGCACUAACUCAAAUAGUCAAGUUCAUCAGUUCAAAAGCUUUAUAUUGCAAGUCAUAAAGAUCAAGACUUUCAUAACACUGUGUUCAUAAACACAGUACCUCACAAAAUCUCCCUAUUCAAUGAGAUGGAUUUUACCGGAGGGGAAUCAUAUCUGUCCAGCUUUGACUCUAAGGCGUAUUUGACUUCCUUCUGCACUCUUGGGUCCCAAAGAGAUGACAUACUGAAAUUUAGACUAAAAAAACUUUAUCAAACUUUUGGGCCAGGAGGGAUCAGAGGAGAUGUUCUAAUUGACAUUGGCACUGGACCCACCAUCUACACACUUCUAUCUGCCUGUGAAUCUUUUCCAUACAUUAUAGCCUCAGAUUUUACAGACCAGAACCGAAACGAGCUUAAGAAGUGGCUGAAAAAUGACCCAGAGGCUUUUGAUUGGUCAGAAAUUGUGAAGACUGUCUGUGAGAUUGAAGGAAAGAGCAGGGACAAGUGGGAAGAAAAGCAGAACAAGCUGCGGUCCAUAAUACAGAAGGUUCUGAAGUGUGAUGUGACCAGGAGUAAUCCACUGGAUCCCGUAGAGGUCCCCGCUGCAGACUGCCUGAUCACCUCUUUUUGCUUGGAGACCGCUUGUAAAGACCUGGAGUCUUAUCGCUGCUCUAUUCAGAAUAUCACAAGACUGCUUAGACCAGGAGGACACCUGGUUCUUAUCGGAGCCCUGGGGAACACCUACUACAUGGUACAGCAGAAGGCUUUCUCAUGUCUUUCACUAGAUGAAGAUGCUGUGAGGGGUGCGAUCACCCAGGCUGGGUACACAAUACAAAGCAUGGAAAUAUUGCCAAUCCCAGAGAAAACAGCUCACGUUGACACUGCUGACAGCUUGGCCAACUUUUUCCUUGUGGCGAAAAAGGAGACAGAGAAUUUAACCUACUGAUUUUCGGAAAUUUAACAAAUCACUGGGGCUGUACCAUAAGUAAUGCAAAAGUAAGCAUGACUUUUUUAUUAAAGCGGAGUUCCUCCAAUAUAAAA